CAACUGAGCAGAUCCCGGGGAAAGGCAAUAAGGCAGACAGCAGCAGCAGUAGCAGAGCAGUAAUUAAUUACCAACGGGUAUUUUAAUAGAAAGCUGGAUUAUGAGGAUUGGAAGUGCAAUCUCUGAAUAUUGAAAGUCUGGAUUAGUGGUUUUUCAGUUUCCCUACAUAAUGGGCAUAGAUAGACGACAGAGAGCCUCUCUGGCUCUCACCUUAAACUUCAUCGCAGUCGUCUUCUCUGUCUCUGCGCUGAGCACCAGCUACUGGUGUGAAGGAACGAGGAAGGUGGUGAAACCUUUCUGCAAGGGUCCAGUGAAACGCAGGCAGAGUUACUGUAUCAUGUUCAAUAGCUCCAAUAUAAAUGACAGCCGUCUGGUACAAUAUAUUUGGGAAACCGGGGAUGAUAAAUUCUUAAUGAGACGUUUCCACACCGGGAUUUGGUUGUCCUGUGAGGAAAAUGUGAAUGGAAUAGGAGAGAAUUGUCGGAGUUUUCUGAGCAUUGCGCCACCCCAUGAGAAAGGUGUGCUGUGGCUAUGCAUCGUGGCAGAAUGUUUGUAUAUCCUUUUGCUUGUGACAGGUGGAAUCCUCAUGUUGAUAGAGAUCUGUCACUUCACUAACGUUAUCGACGGACUGAAACUCAAUGCCUUUGCUGCGAUAUUCACUGUCUUAUCAGGGCUAUUAGGCAUGGUAGCACAUAUGAUGUAUACCACUGCUUUCCAGUUAACAGUGAGUCUUGGACCAGAAGACUGGAGACCCCAGACAUGGGAUUAUGGCUGGUCCUACUGCCUUGCGUGGGGUUCAUUCACUUCCUGUAUGGCUUCUUCUGUGACAACAAUCAACAGAUAUACAAAGACAAUCCUGGAGUUCAAGCACAAACGGAGGAAGAUUGAGAAAAGUUUAAAAGUCAAGCAGAAGUUACUUGACUUUGAUUCGCCGGAGCAGGUCUGGGACAUGUACAUCAGUUCCGUGCCCAGCACAGCAGAGGAGCUCAUGGAUUCCUCGAGUAACGGGCGCAGGCUGUCCAAUACCUCAGUCUUCUUAGACCUGAAUGACCUUCCUGACCCACAGGUGGAAGAGUAUUGCUGAAUUUGUGGUUGUUUAAAACAAAAAUUGUAGGUUUGCAAGUACCAGUACUUCAAGAUGGUAAAUAUGAUUUUACAUCAUAGUUUUAAGGUAUUUUGUUAAUUGCAUCUUUUAACCCAUUGAAAGGGGGUCUUACAGUUGCUAAUUAAAUAAUUCCAUGAUCCUGUUAUGCACUUUCAUUUGCUCGUACUUUGUGUGCAAUUUUGAAAGAAGCUUUUGCUAAAACAAGAGAUUUCAGUUUUUGAAAAAAAAUAAUCUCCUGGUGAAAUGACCUGGGAAGUGGACCUGCAAGUAAGACUUGUAAAAACAGCUCUCUAUUUUUAAAUGAAAAUACAUGUCUGCUAGGUGUUUCUUUGAAAACUGCUCAUGUGAGACCUAUACACAUUGUGAAUGAAUGGUAAGAUUGAAGUAUUUCAUUAACUGUAACUACUUUAAAAGCCUUCAUUUUACAGCAACACAAUGCAGUACAGCCUUGCCUUUGAGGUAAUCGUUCCUGUAGUACUCUAAUCAAAAUACCACUGUCUGAGUUUUCUGCUUUGUGCAUUCAACUCUGCUGGAGGGUGACGCCCAAUAUACGUUGAAAGAACAAAAAGAUCUUCAGGGGAUCAGAGAUUAGGUUGCUGAUGCUAAUAAGGGAAUUUUGAACUUGCUUUGAUGUUCUGAGUCAUUUGAGCCCCAUUGAAUGUAAUGAUGCUGCCACAGUACAGCACACUGCGUAGCUUCAUCAAUAUGAAAACAAUGCAAUGCUGUUCUGAACUGACUAAAACAAGAUACAUGCUCAACCUGUAGGGAGCUUAUCAGGUAUUCAAAGACAUUCUUUCAGAUAGCAUGCCAAUAUGAAUGUCCUUCAAUUUUGAACAUAUGCCAACCUUCUAGAACAACGCAGAGGGCAUCCUCUGGCUGUUACAGCAUAUUGUCAAAAAAUGUUCCAUUCUAGCACCAGUGCAAAAGGAUGAGUGUCUAUAAGAAGGUUCAGGUAUUCAGUUUAAUGAUCAAGAGUAUGGUUGGAAAAACCCUAUAAAAAGUCUACAACAGUAAAUUUGCACAGUCGUUUUGUAUUUUCUUAUGCUUUUUCAUGAUGAUGAAUUUACAAUAGUUUACCAUUAUCUGCCAUAUAUCCCAUGGAUUUUACAAUGCUUACCCACGCUUUACCAUGCUUUCACUAUAUUUUUUAAGGCAGGGGAGACUACACAAAAAAUAUAAUUAGUGUAAUUCAUGGACUAAAUCUUCCAGUCUCAACAUUUUUCCCAUAGAAGACAUGGUUAGGUAUGUUUCAAGUACAAUACUAUAGAAAAGAGCUUUAAACUAGCGGGAGAAUUCAUAAGAAAGGUGUAUUACAUUUUUUGAGUAAUCCAUUUUUUUCAAAUUACCCAAAAACUGUCCGUGAGAGACACAGCGAUUAGAGACUCAUUGGAGAUACAGCAAUUGUAAGGGAGUUUUGACAACCAGGAAAUCUACUGGAUUUCCCAACAGCCUUUGGAACUCUGUAAUAAAACGAUUAAGUCAGGUAGACAAAUGUUUCAGCUAAUGCAUUUAUCAGUGUUAUAAGUUCUGCUGUUUUUAUCAUUGUAUUUUUAGGAAUUUGGGUCCCUCAUCUAGCCAUUUGAUGUGUAUCCAAACAGUUACAUGAUUAGAUAAUGUUGUUAUUUUUAUAUUUUGUGCCUUCCCUAUUACAAUCUAUUACUUGCAUUCAGCUUUAUUAUAAUAAUUACGUGCAUGCAGAUAUAUUAAACAGAACUCACCACAGCCCGUCAUUUCCACUUUAAAAUGUUAUAGAAAACCCUGCAGUGGUAACAAGAAACACAUUACUAUUUUGUUGCUCUAGCCUGUGUUGUAGAUAUUAAGCAAUCUCCCUCGCACAUUUAAAAACCUAGACCCGUUCUCAGAUUUUAUCCACUCAAAUAUUGUUAUCUCCUUUUACAUCCCUUAUAAAAGUUUAUCACAGUAAAUGUGCACGUGUUUUUGAAGUUUCCCUGUCUUCUAAUACGCUUUCUCUCUGAUAUUUACAAUGUUUUACCAUGAUUUCACUAUGCUGUUUUACAUUUUUCUAUGCUUUUACUAUGGUACACAUGCCUGUGUAAUUCCCUUUUAAAAGCACCAUUCCCUUGACUCAUUAGAAGUUGUAAUUGUCUGAGUUUUUGUAGGCACAAUAUAGAUUUUGAAAUGUGAAGAUGUUUUUAUGUGUGUGUGUGAGAGAGAAAGCACAGGCCAGCAGCAUCCAUGCUCAGUGCAGAGUGAAAAAACACUUUGUCAAACAAUUGAGUACCAUGCCAAACAUAAAAUAGUGUGUGCUGUGAAACAGUCUAGUCUUUGCAAUAUACCUAUAUCAAUUGGGAGAUGUUGUGUAAUGAAUAUUGUACUAUUGUUUUUGUACCUGUUAA